GGUGCAUUGCCCUUUUUCACAUUCGUAGUAAUAGAACUGUGGCCUCUUGUAAAUAUCGAUAGUCUUUACUACAGUAAAGAUAUGUGUAGAAGCUGACAGCCGUCGUCAUUCACGCGCUUCUGCUGCACUCUGUCAACCAGCGCACUCGUAUUUGUUACAUUCUGAUGGAAAGUAAUGAGCGUUUGUUUUCUUGAAUAUUGAGGAGGAGCGCUCGUUUCUGCCUGAACAUCUCCAGAUCCCACCUUGGAUUUAAAAUACAGAUCAAUACAGGAUCAUUGGAAAUGUCAAAGAAGAUGAUAAGUAGCUUUUGGAUGAUUUGUCUGUUGCUGCUGGGGUCUGUCACAGAGCUCAUUGUUCUAGCCAGUCCUGAAUUGAACGAUAGCCAGCAGCAGCAUCCUAACAACGUGUACCAUGAACUGACUGUGACCAGAAACAAGAUUGUGACUGCACAAUUCGAAUGCUAUCAGAAGAUCAUGAAUGACAACAGUCCAAACGGAAGAGCUACCCCGGUGUGCAACAGGACAUGGGAUGGAUGGUUGUGUUGGGACGACACAGAUGCCGGGAUCACCUCUGAGCAACACUGUCCGGAUUAUUUCAUGGACUUUGACCCUACAGAAACGGUCACUAAAACCUGCACAGAAAGUGGCCAGUGGUUCUUGCAUCCCGCGAGCAACCGCACAUGGACAAAUUACACCCGAUGUAAUAUGCACACUAAUGAAGGACGAAGGACCGCAAUGAACUUGUUCUACUUGGCAUUAAUAGGUCACGGACUCUCCCUAACAUCUUUGUUUAUCUCACUUGUCAUAUUCUUCCAUUUUAAGAGUUUGAGCUGCCAGAGAAUAACCCUGCACAAAAACCUCUUCUUUUCCUUUGUGUUAAACUCUGUCAUCACUAUCAUUUGGUUAACGGCAGUGGCAAACAAUCAAGAGCUAGUCCAACAAAAUCCAGUCAGCUGUAAAGUGUCACAGUUCAUCCAUCUGUACAUCUUCGGAUGCAACUACUUCUGGAUGCUGUGUGAGGGGAUUUACCUGCACACGCUCAUCGUCGUGGCCGUGUUUGCCGAAAAACAGCACUUAAUGUGGUACAACCUUCUCGGAUGGGGUUUUCCACUUCUACCAGCUACAAUACAUGCUGUAGCCAGAAGUUAUUACUACGAUGAUAAUUGUUGGAUCAGCUCAAAUACUUCUCUGCUAUACAUUAUUCAUGGCCCUAUCUGUGCAGCACUGUUGGUGAAUUUGUUCUUCCUGCUGAACAUCGUACGGGUCCUCAUCACCAAGCUGAAAGUAACGCAUCAGGCAGAAUCAAGUCUGUAUAUGAAAGCUGUGCGGGCCACCCUUAUUCUGGUGCCACUUCUGGGCAUUCAGUAUGUUCUCCUGCCAUACAAACCUAGUGAACGUGUUUUUGCAGAAAUCUACGACUACAUCAUGCACAUCCUAAUGCAUUAUCAGGGACUGCUGGUGGCCACAAUCUUCUGCUUUUUCAACGGCGAGGUACAAGCAGUUUUGAGAAGAUAUUGGAAUCAGUAUCGCAUUCAGUUUGGAAGCACCAUCACACACUCUGAUGCGAUGAGAUCCGCCUCAUACACCGCAUCCUCCAUCACAGAGGUACAGGGAUGCUACAGCAUCGAUGGCCAAUCAGAACACUUGAACGGCAAAAACUGCCAUGAUAUCGACAACAUCCCAGAACCAGACAAUCCCUUCGCCUGAUGCCACUGAUUGCGGCUCCGUGCCGUUCAAAAACUGCUGAUAUCUGACAGCUAUCACAUGGCUGACUUUGACCCUUUACCCAUAAUUCACAGUGCUCUCUGAAGGGUGAAGGCGACGGACACAUUUCUUCUAGUAUUUACACUGAAAAACAUUUUGCUACCUUUAAGUAAUGUUAUUAAACGGACAGACGCUAUUGGCCUAAUCUUUGUACCACACAGUACUUUCGUUUGCUUUACUACUGUGUGCGGUAGAAAUACAUGUUAAUAUUUUAAUCUGUUUUUUUUUAGAUAUUGGCCCGGUUUCACAGACGAGACUUAGCUUAAGCAAGGACUAUACCUUACAGUGUUUCCCCUACCAUUACCUUAGGGGGGGCACCCCGCCCCUCCAACAGCACCUCCCGUCCCCCUUGAAGGUCAAGUUAAUUCAAUUUUUUACAGUAUGUAGCGUUAGAUCACAAGAGAAGUCAUUUAAGGUUACAUUUCCUAUAUACAGUAACAUGUCUAUACCGCGUUCUCGUAUUAAACAAACUAAAUAGCAUUAUGUUAAUAAUGUGAACGCCUUACAGUAUGAAAACAUGCUUAUCGGUUUAAAAUAUAUUUAUCAACAUUUUAUCUAAUUUAUAUGCAUACUUUUUUCACAAUGAGAUUUAUACAGCAAAUUCCAAGCCUUUAGUGUUCAUUUAUUUGUUGACUUCAUAUUCUUCACCAGCGUCACAAGUGCAUGUUAUUUACUUUAAUGAAAUAAGGUACAAUAUUACACUAGCUAGAGUACAAUACUCAGCCGUCUCUCUCAUAACAUGGGGUAUGAAAGAUAUUGCCUUCUUGUAUCAGUGACAUUGAUUCAAAAGCAAUCUGUCACACUUUAAAUACAUUUUGAAGAGCCUCAUUUAUAAAAUGUUGCGUAGAAACCAUCCUAAAUUUGAUUUUACGAUAAUUUCUCAAAGUUCGUACGUGUGAUUCCUAGAACGAACGUACGCACAGAAAACCUGCAGCACUCGGACAAGCAAAAGUGCGUACGUCUGCUCAGACCCUGACGUGGCACUAAUCACUUUUCCACGUCAAAUACUGUUUUAAUAAAUAUGAACGUUGCCGUGUAUUUUUGCGUACGCACGCUUUACGAUAAAAUCUGUGCGUAUACGCAUGUUUUAUAAAUGAGGCCCCAGAUCUUUCACUUUUAAAGUUGCUUAUACGUAAUUCAACUUCUAACCCAAACUGCCUAAAUGACUUACAUUCCGUAUGAUUUGGAAAAUGGGGCCUGUGUUUAUUUUCUCUACUUGGUUUGGACAAUACACAUUAUUAUACUGCCUAAUAUGCAACUUUUGUCCAAAAACAUGCUUAUUUAGAUUUUGCAUAGAUUUUGUUUGUACUAUGUAAAUAUUAUAUUCUUCGCUUUGAAUAUUUUGUAGAGGUGUGCGUUGCUUUGGCCUCGCUUUGCAUUGUUUAUUUCUUCCAUUCUGAACAACAGAGAUGUAACCUUACUCUGGUUUCAAAACAAACCAUUUCAAAUUACAAACCGUAGGACUUCACAGUAUGUACACAAAUGCCAAUCAAACAUCAAACAUGUAUUGUUCUAUCAGGUUCCUCAAUGCAACCGAAACGUCUUGGUUACGGAUGUAACCUCGGUUUCCUGAUGGAGGGAACGAGACGUUGUGUCGAACCGACAGAAUGGGGUUUGUCUUGAGAACCUAUCAUCUUCUGAGUAUUUAGAAAAGGCCAAUG